UAUCAUGCCUUCGGCGUGGUGAUAUUUUCGUUCGGAUUCUAGCAAGCAUUCAACUAUAGAGGCAUACAUGCGGGCGAGGUCCUGUUUUUCAACAAGUGUCUUUCAUCUGCCAAGACGGUGAUCAGGUGCAUGAACGAAGAACUAGCGCCAAGUGGGUUCACUUAGCACGUGCCAGAUGGUCACUAUGUCUUCGCGGCCUGUGUUCUUACUCAAGCUCCUUCGACCCGAAUUUUCUGCUUUUCUCAGCAAAACCGAUGAAAAUGAAAUCGUCGAUCUCAUUGUCAUUGACGACCAAGAUAAGCCAAAGUUGUACACCAGAUUCCUGGCCACACCACUUGGCAAGUACCGGCACGAUGGCCAAGGAGCGACUGUCGGACGUUUACAGACCAUUCCCCCGAGUAACAUGGGUGAACCUGACGACGGGGGGCAGCGGGAUACCAACAGUUCCCGGUGGCUUAAGACCAAGUUGGUUACCAUGAUGCUACCUACCUGCCUGCCUGCGAGUUAUCGGCCCCCUCAACACCAACAGCUGCAAGCGCCAAUUUAUAGGCCAGAAGCGACAUAUGUGACUGGCGCUGGGGCGAUUCAGUUUGGAAAUGAUCUUGAAUAUUAUGAGAGCGGGAUAUCAAUGGAAACGGGGUUGUUGGGAGCCGGAUGUUGAUAUGCUCGCGUCGAUCCAGGCAGACAAGCGGUGGCAGGGAAUAUUGAUGCCUGGGUGCGUUUCAAAUCUCGUGAGAUGGAAAAUUUGACGGUUGUUGGCAGUUUUACGUGGCGACAGGCAAAUUUUCCUGGGAGUGGAAGAUCGGCGAGUUCAACUCCAUUGGCGACGUACAGUCAUGUUCACCACCAGAAUACCUAUGGGGUCUACUCACCACAGCAGGUGACGGUCCUGUUGCACUAACGGUCAAUAUUCUGGUAAUAAAAUGAUUUGCUUGCGUAGCAUAUCUAAUUCCUUCAAC